AUGAGAAUUGGAUUGAGCCAAGCAAAGCGAAAGCUCAAAGAGGAACCAGUGCCGUACGUCAAGAUCAAGAAGAAGCUCCGCUCGGAGCUACCUCGCCGGAGACGAUCUCAGAUCUCUCCAAUUCUAUAUUCGUCUCUGAAUUCAAAUCUUCCAUGCACGAAUUCUGGUUUGUCUGCUUUUUCGGUGGACUCCAGCUCGUGCUCGUACUUCGGCAGCGAAGUUUCAUGCUGUUCUAGCAGAGCUUCGGUUGGCUCGGAGAGCACGGCGAGGUCAAACUUGAAAAAGGAACAAAUCGGUGAGACUAAAGGCUUUAGAGUUGUGGUUCAGGUUAAUAACAUUUCUGGAGACGCACCAUUUCGUAGACUUACCAGAUCCUAUUACAGAAACAAGGAAAUUGAAGGAAAAGGUGGUGAUGUGGAGGUGUCCGAAUCGUCGUGCGUGGAGUCGAAUUCUGGAGCUGAUGUUGAGAUUUUCGUAGAAAGCAACUCCAAUUCGAAUAGAAAAUUUGAAAAAGUAAGUGAAAUUGUGAAAGAGAUUGAAGGAAAUGACGGCUCUGAAGCUGUUUCCAAAUCGGAGAUUUCUUGUGUUGAGCAAAUUUACGGUGGAAUUUUGAAUUUGAAGGCCGAAGAUGUUAGAAUUCCGUCAGGGUUUAAGGAGAAUGAAGUCGUUUCAGUUACCUCUGGUGUCGAGUCAUGUUCCGUGUCGACGUUCGCUGAGGAAGGAACCGAACAAAAUGAGAACAGAGCAUUGGAAUUUGAAUAUUCUGAGAUUUCAGGAAAUCUCUUUGAUGCGAACUUCACAGUUUUGAACUCAGAGUCGACGAUAGAACAGAAUCAAAAGAACUUUGACUUAGAGUCCGAUCUCGCUUGUACGGAGCAAUUCUCAUACGAGGACGUCUCGGAGUACUCGUCCAGUCACGAGACGGCGUUUUCCGACCUCCAAUCGGAGUCUUUCCUGGAAAAUUCGGAUCCAGAAUUCUCGGGUUACACUCGUUCAAUUUUCUUUGAUUCUGGAAGUGAAUUUUCCGAGGGAGAUACAACUCCUUCACAUACUUUCGCUCUGCUCCUUCAGUACAGAAAGGAGUUCUCGAGGUCAACUAUUGCUCUGGACAACGCAAUUGCCUCACGCCUUGAAAACGAGUGUUAUGAUCAAGCUACAUUUGUGAGGUUCGAAGACGAGGACGAUGAAGAGAGCUACAAGGCGUUGAGAGAGAGAGAGAGGAGGCAAGUCUUUCUUCGUAACUACGCCGAGGAAUACUGCUCCACGACGGAGUACGGCAACCUCGUCCUUCAGCAAAGGUCGCAGAUGGUCAACUGGAUCGUUCAGCAAUCUACUGAAAAGAAGCUUCAGCGGGAAACAAUGUUCCUAGGAGUUAGCCUCCUUGACAGAUUCUUAAGUAAAGGGUUCUUCAGAGACAAGAGGAACCUCCAAAUUGCUGGAAUAGCAUGUCUUACAUUAGCCAUCAGGAUGGAAGAGAAUCAGCCUUACAACAGUGUGCAGCAAAAGGAUUUCUGCAUAGGCUGCAAUGUGUACUGCAAAUGCGAAGUGGUGGCCAUGGAAUGGGUGGUACAGGAGGUCCUCAACUUCCAGUGUUUCUUGCCCACCAUGUUCAACUUCUUGUGGUUCUACCUGAAAGCUUCCAAAGCUGACACAGAGUUGGAGAAAAGGGCCAAGUGCCUGGCAGUGCUAGUCCUUUCGGCCCAUGAGCAGCUAUGUUACUGGCCCUCAACAGUUGCAGCUGUUCUUGUCACCUUGGCUUCUCUAGAAAGCAGUCAAGAUGCAUUCCACCUAAGAGUAAUCAAGACUCACAUCAGAACAGAACAUGAUUUAAAUGAAUGCAUAGAGGGCCUCGAGUGGCUGUUAAGGUACAUAUGA